GCGUAAGCGAGCGUCUGCGAUUGGCUAGAUUUUAGUGCCCAUUCCGUGCUCUUCGGCCCUCCCAAUAUUUGCUUACUCAUUUGACCAGAGUAAUUUUGGGGAUCAGAGAAGAAAGUGUUGCGUCGUUUAUUAUUCAAGCAGGGCUACUCUACUUGUUUUCCAAUGGCUGUUCCACGUUUAGUCCAUUUCCAGCUUGCGAAGGUGGGGUCGUGGGAGAUCAAAUCUCACUAACCACCAGACGAGCCACCACUUCCAUGAGCUCAUAUAAAUAGGAAGGAAUCGCUUGAUAAUUCACUUGCACUUUACCCAAGUAGCCGACAACAUGGAGCAACGGCGCAACAACAUUAAGGUGACAUUCGCUCUCCUUUUCCUCUUCAUCUCACCAAGCUGGUCAUUUUUCCUUCCCUUCAACACCGAACCUGCUGCCAGGAUUAUCGUGCGAAAGCAACACCUCCUGCAGUAUCCCAGUAGCAGGAGGUACGUCCUGACGCAAAACCUGCAGCAUGACCAGUUCCUCGGGUUUUCUCCUUCUUUGAAAUCCCAGGGAGGAUUCAUCCCUUACUACUCCACUAAUGGACAAGUCGUUUUGAACGAGGUCCAACCUGCGGCUCUUCCCGCCGCUCUCCCUGCCUUCCCGGCUGCUCCUGCACUUCCGACUCUUCCCGCCGCUCCUGCAUUGCCGGCUCUGCCUGUCCUCCCAGUCGUCACCGAGGCCCCCACCACCCUGCCACCGCCACCACCAACGACGACCGCUGCUCCGGUCACCACCGCCGCCCCCACAACAACCCCUGAGCCAACUACCACCACUGCUGCUCCCCCACCACCGGCUCCCGAGACUCCUGCCCCUGAAAUUCCAGCUCCCGCUCCUCCGGCACCUGAAGUUCCCGUCGCCGCUCCAGCGCCUGUUGCUGUUGCCGCUCCUGCUCCUCAGAUCGUGACCAUCCAGCCCAGCCAGGGCUUCCCUCAGGGCAUCAUCGCCGUCCAGCCCAUCAUCACUCAUGGUGGCUUCCUGAAUUUGGGCUCCCACGGACAGGCUGCUGCGUUCCCCGCUCAGGGACUGGCCAACAACGCCGCUCUGAGCUUCCUGCAGUCUCUCCUCGGACAGCACCUGCCGGCUGCUGCGCCCGCUGCUCCUGCCCCCGCUGAGCCCGAAGCUCCUGCUGCCCCCGAACCCGUAGCUACCGAAGCCCCCGUCAUGGUGAUCGUGACCGAGGCCCCCACUACCACCGCCGCCCCGACGACUCCUGCCCCGCCCGUUCCCGCGCCUGCUCCCGCUCGCCCUGAGAUUACGUUUGUCGUCAUUCCGGCUCCCCAGCCUGCCCCCGUGGCUCCCGCUUACUUGCCUCCCGCGAACCAAGCCCCGGCUCCUGCACAAACCAUUCCCCAGGGACUCUUCCCGCAGGGAUGGAACUUCGGCCAGAAUGCCGGACAGCCUUCCGUGUCCGACAAUGAUAAAUUCCUGAUCAAUGUUCCCGAGUUCAACCAGCCGAAAUCCGAAGCCACCCCCGGCGAUGAUGGUGCCGAGAGCAAUUACAAAGUGGUCGUCAACCACAACUCAGGAGCCGAUGCUUCCAUCAGAUCGUCUUUCUCGAGCUUCAGACCCCAUCACAUCAAGAGCGCGCAACCUGCCGCUGUCCACAAUUAUGUAUAUGGCCAGAAAUUCCAGCACGAGCAGCCGUUGGUCGGAAGUCAAGCCACCGGUCCUGCUGGCCACUAUGAUUUUGGAUACGCCUCCAACAACCAUUACGUCGCGCAGGGCAGGAAAUACAGAAGAGAGAGCAGCUAAAUGAGAUUCGUUUUUAUUCUGAAAUUGCUCAUUCAUCAACCAAAGCUCAAUUUUCUGCAGCCAAACAGUUAACAUCAUUGUAAAUAAUGCCCAUAUUGUGCCACAUUAAAACCUCAUAGCCUUACGUUUUACAUCAAUAAAAAGGAAAUUAAAAUAA